GAUAUAUUCGCUGCUCGGGGCUACUCGUCCCGUUACAGCUUAGCCUCCCCUCAAACCCGCUUCCGCUUCCCUGCACUCGAACUCUGCGGCUGUCACUCCAUCGGCAACAUCGCCCCAUAUCAUGAGCGUCUUCAAUCCGAAGAUCCUUGACGCGUGCAUUCGUGAUGUCACCGCUUGUCUUCCGGAUGACGAAAAGGCCGACAUCCUUUUAUAUGCCAUGGGACACCUGCAUCAUGAGCGCUCCAGAAUACUCAUUGAGAAUGCUGUUCAAUCGUGCCUUUCGCUGAGUAAAUUGUCGCUGGCGAACGCGACUAAGGCGCGGUUGAUACGGGCGAAGGCUAGAUUGGCGGCUGGGCUUCAUGUCGGCGCACACCAAGACUUGCAAGCUGUCAUAGCCCUUGAGCCCGAGCACCCAGAAGCGAAGGAGCUCAUGAUACAACACGUCGCAAAUCCGGGGAAGUCGCUCGUGCAGCCGCACACCACCCCUGGGUUCUCGACAGAAAUUUGGCGCGAGAUUGCGCUGUGGCUCCCACCCCGGGACCUUAAAAGUCUGCUCCUUGUUCCACACGUUCUUUCCCGCAUCGCCAGCCAGCUGUUGUUCCACAAAAUUGACCUGUACUUUGAUAAGCGGGAGUCGCAACGCAGCGCAGACAUCCUCACUCGCAUUAUUACUGACAAUGACUUCGCCAAACACGUCAGGACGAUUCGUGUGUUCUAUCAGGGGCGCGAUGUAUCCCCUAUGGCAUUUCAAACGGGGAUGCUGGCCAAUGCGCUUCCGAAGCUCAACAGCCUCAAAAACGUGCACUGUUCGAUGCGCUGGAGGGACAUGAUCUCGUUCAUGAGAAUUCUUGAGAACGCGAAUCAUCGUCUGCGGGGAUUGUCGCUGACACCCACAGACGGCACGGCGGAACUGCAUUUCCCCAAGUUCCGGCACCUGACGCAGUUCUCGUACGUUUCCACCGGAGGCAGCGAUGUAGAGUUGGUUGAUUUCCUCGCACAAAACAAGGCUUCGCUGCGAUCCGUGUACCUGCAUAAUCCUCAUUGGACGUUCCCGUCCGACUCGCUCUCGAUCCGCAACCUGACGCACCUGGACUUUCAGGGGCUCUUCCCACCUGAGUCCCGUGCGUUCGCGGACAUCUUGCAAAACGGACAUCAGCUCGAGAGCCUCUCGCUCGAGUGUGUGCUCAACUGUCCUGCAUCCGCACAGUUCCGAGAGCACGCGCAGGCGUUGCCGUUCCUCCGUCACUUCGCGUUCGCGCUGCAGGGCUACAGCGUGAGCGAUCACGACCUCUUCCCUGCCAUCUCCGAGUUCCUCCGCGAGCGACCCACCCUUCGCACGCUCAAGCUCUCCGUGCCGAGCGCAAACUGGGCGCAGAGGAGGCUUGGCUAUGAUGCGACGGUGUGGGGCGUGCUACCCUCCCUCACGAAUCUGCGCAGCCUCACGGCGACGCUGCCCAAGGAUGUCGCUGCCGCGCUGGCGAUGUGGCUCGUCCCGCGGGGCGUGCACUCGUUAACACUGCAAGCGGAGUCGAUCACCGACCCUCUUGGCUUUGUAGGGCAAAUGCGCGCGGGACUGCCGCCAACGCUGCGCUAUAUUGGGCUACUGCAGUUCAACAUCGGCUCGCGGGAUGUGGAUGCGGUGGUUGCGCAUGGGUUCCCGACUGUGCGCGUUGCCCGCGUCGACGAGGAGUAUUAUGCUGUCGAGCGUACGGAUGGUCAGACACGGCUCGAGGCGUGGGAAGUGCGUGCGAGAUACAACGUACGGCGGUGGCUGUCUGCGUAUGGAUGCGAGGACGCGGAGUGGCGCGAUGCAAGUGAGUUUCUGUAA